AACAUCACCGCAGUCUUUGCUGUCCUUUUGUCUUCCAGAUUCAUGUCAGAUUUGUUCCACCUGUUAUUGUUUAUAAGGAUAUAGAAUGCUUCCACUCUUAAUGGUGUUUUAAAUGUGGAUUUGAAGUAUGGAGAUUUCUCAGCUGGGAGUUUUAUGACUGACAACCGAGAGCUCUUCAAACCACUCAAAUUUACUCUCAAACAGCCGGUGAAUCUGUCUCGUCUGGUUCAGAUGCAACGCUGCUGUCUAGGAGCAAGCAGUGGUGAACACAGCGCUCUGCAAAUCUGCCAGAGGAGGAUUUGUGUGCUGCUAACCUGUUCCAGCUGAUCAACAAGCCAACCACUCAACCGAGACAGUGACAAUGUUUAAUUUCUGCAACUCACAUUGGCCUCUGUUGUUGUUUGCUGCCCUGUGGAGCCUCAGCUACCCCAGUUUGCUUACCGCCUGGCCGGGCAUCAGUCGGAGCAAGCCCAAGGACCAUCUGGACCCUAAUGUGAGGGACUGGGGAGACUAUUCAGAUCUCCCUCCAGGAAUCGAGCAGGGCUUAGGGUUGGAAGAAGACGGAGAACAUGGAGACAACAGAGGAGUUGCAGAGUCAACAACAAGUCUGGCUGCGGAGCUGGAUUUCCUGGCUGACUUUGCAGGUAAAAAGCGACUGUGGGUGAUAACAGCCCCAUCACACAAUGACAACUACCUUCGUAUGAUGGAGAAACAACUGGAAGACAUGGAGCAGAAAGGGCUGAAUUGCCGUCUUGCAGAAAGAGACACAUUCAUCAUCACCAUCAUCCAGAACGCCAUGAUGGAAGGUCGAAUCCAGAAAACAACUUUCCAAGGAGACGCCAUAGUAGAAAGCUUGGACCCGGACACAGUUACCAAACUGCUGCACUACCUGGAGCUUACCAACCAGGAGCAAGGGUUCACAAUGCUGGUUAUGAAGAAGAACCUUCUGGUCAGUGAGCGCUUCCCUUAUCCGGUCCGUGUAGAGGCGAUUUUGGAGCUCAUUGAUCAUUUCCCCAUGAGGAAGCUGGAGAUGAUGACCAGAAAAGAAGCCAACAUGAGGUGUAAAACCAUUAAAAAGAAGGUUGUGGUGACGAGGAAAAAGAUGAGGAAGAAGACUGGACCGAGCCCUCAGACGCAAGGGAAUGUGACUUCUAUCGUGGCAUCACAGAGACAGCCUCUCCUGGACAAAAAAGCUGCCCUGAAGAGUAAGAUUCAGGAUAUACUGAGUGGACGGAGAAGGUUUGUUAUCCGUAAAGAGCCAGCGGUGGGGUCCACGAGGGGAAAGGACUUGACCAGUGGUGGUCAGGUCACUUCUAACAGACAGGAAAAGGUGCCCAGCCCUCCAUCGGUGUCAAAGAGCAGUGAGGAACUGAAAAAAGACAGGACUGACUCCGCUGUGGAAGAAGGAAAGAAAAGACAUAAAAACAGUGAAAACAAGAAAGAGGAGAAAGCGAAGGAGGAAACACAGGAGAAACAGAGCUCUAAGAAAAAGGGCAAAGGGAAAAAAGGGAAGAAAGGGAAAGGAAGAGGGAAAAAGUCUAACAGAGAGGCCAGUGAGAAGGAUAAAGCUGCCCUGAAGGAGUUUUUGGACAGUUUGAAGGGGACAAGAAGGUUAAUGUUGAUCUCAACGCCCAGCAGUGAUGCAACGCUGUACACCCAGCAGAAAGAGGAGAAUGAGAAGCAGCACUGCAACCUCGCUAUCAGGAAGAUCACUGUUGCGACUAUUGUGGGUGAAGGAAGUGACGCCAUGCUCACAAUACAGCACCACCAGCUCGAGUCAGAGCCUCCCCUCAGCGACCAAUCAGAUCGUUUCUCAGAUUCAGGUCUGAUCUCUCUGUUGAGAACAGAGCUCGGCCUGUCUUCCCCCGACCUAUUUUCCAUGACUGUUUCAGACUACGACAUCAAGCCUGGUAGAGUCUUUGAGGCUCCUCCAUCAAGUCCCGCUCUGUUAGAAUACAUUGACAACUUUCCCUCAAGGCGUUCAGAAAAAGAAAAGGAAAGAAGGAGUCCUCCAAUCUGCUCCAAAGACAAGAAACCACCUGGACCUGAGAAUUCACUGCUCAGGUUCAUGUCUAAGAGGAGACUGCUGCUUAUCUCUGCUCCCUCUGAGGACGACUACUCCUUCCAACAGCAACUCUCUGCUCUCAGUGGACAGGGGUGUCACCUGGGCAUUCGCCACUUUGCCAUGUUGAAGCUGACUGGUACUGGAGACAAAGCAUCAGGAACUGUUGAGUUAUUUCCCCUAAAUGGUCGUAGUCAGAGUGAAGUUGAGCCGUUGCCCCGUGACACAGUCAACAAUAUGAGAGAACAGCUGAAGAUCAGUAAGGACUAUUUUAGCAUGCUGGUUGUUGGGAAGGAUGGUGAUGUCAAGGCGUGGUUCCCAUCACCCAUGUGGUCCUUGGAUAACAUCUACGACCUGGUGGACUCCAUGGAGCUCCGUCUUCAGGAGGAGAAGCUGCAGAAGAGACUGGGGAUCUCUUGCCCUGACGACAGAGGGAGAGGAGGCAGCGAGGGGGAGCACUAUCGUGGCUAUGAUGAAGAGGGGGCGGAGGAGACGUACUUGUAUCACCGGUCAGAGGAAUAAUGAAAAAGAAUGAAGAACGUGCAGUGAAGUGAAGAAGAGCUACGCACAUGAACACAUGGACUACACACAAGCACACUAUUAAACAAAGACCUCAUAAACUCAUCUUCAGGACUCCCAGGAUUCAAUUUAUAGAUUCUAACUAGAUUAUGACAUAUCUGUUGAACACCACAAUAAUAAGCUGAAUAUUUUAUGUUUGCAAGUAAUACAUUUGAAAAGCUAUACUGGAAUACUGGAAUGGUUUCAGUCCAAAAAAGUCUUAAUAAAAAGCUGAUUAAAGCAAAUAAUAAACAGAAAGUCCAUCCAAGGCCGAGCAGAUUGUGUUUUUUGGCAGCACGUCAGUCUUUUUCACAUUCACUGUGUAAAAUAUACAAUUCCUCAGCUGAAAUGUUGUAAUUUAAAGUAAACAAAUGUUCUCUGAGCUUAAACAUCUGUUUUUAAAGAGCUGCAGCCUUGACUCACCUCAGGGUCAGUAAAGUUUUUGAUGCUGGACUCAUUGCAUGCUUCAGGCCAUUCUUUUAUAGUGUUCUUUAAAAAGCUUGAUUUAAACGCAAAGGUUUUUGAGUUGUUGAAUAAAAAACAUCACACCAUCUGUGUACCCAAGAAAAGUACCACAUCUUCUGUAGCCACUUUAAUUUCAGUAAAUGCCAUACAAAUAAACAAACAUAUAGACUUUUUUUUCAUUUAAAGGUACAUGUGUCUCACACAAACAAUUUAGCACUUUUAAAAGCCAUAUUUUUAAAUCAUAAAAGGUAUAGUAUGCACCAU